GACAGUAGAGUCGUUGAGAGAAGCAAAUAACUGCCAUUAACAGAAAAAAUCUUAAAUCCAAAGAAUCAUUUUUUUUCCCCUUAACGUACGGAAUUUUGAAGUCAAACAAAGAUGUUGUGUGAAGUCGGUGCUGUCUUUCCUCUACAUCCCAUUACUCCUUUUCUUGCACCCACAGAGACCAUAGGAAAGAUGGUCCUGUAAGAAAGCAGCGGAAUAUAUCUAUAUAUUCCCAGGCAUAGAUUUGAAUGUACUACAGAGAUUAAAACCCUUUACAAUUUUAGACAUACCCUUUUCAAGAUUCUCAAACAGAAAGUUCAAGAAUCUUGUCCUGGGUAACUGAAGAUGAACUUGAGGGAGCAAUGUCCAGUUUCCCUGCAAUUUGCUGCUGUCAACGAGCUAACCAUCAAUGAUUUGAUAGAUAGAAUCGAGGAGCAAGUGAAGUCUGGAAAUAGAAUGGUGGAAGAAGAAAUGAGAUCAACAAAUACAAGAGUACAAGAACUGCAGCAGACAAAGACCAGAACUGAUGAGGAACUGAGGUUAACGGAGGCAAGAAUAGAUGAACUAAAUCUGAUAAAGAAGAGGGUGGAAGAGAAAUGGAAAAUGACAAAGACAAGGCAUUUCGCAAGACUCAAGAGAAUUUUUGAAGCUGGGAACUGUACUUCAGCUCAGAGAAACUUGAGGCUAGAGUUCAGGCACAAAAUUUCUCAACCAAUCUUGACAGGUGAGGAAAUAAAAGGAGAUGGGAACACUUUUAUUGAAGUGGCCCUCAUUGAUGCCAAGGGAAAUGUCGUGGAUACUGAUCCAGAAGCCUCGGUGGACGUGGAAAUUGUUGUUCUUAAUGGAAAAGCUGAUUCUUGGAGAGCGGAUGAUUCAACAGUUGGAGAAUUCAAGGAUAAGAUUGUCCAAGAAAUGGAAGGAAAGAAGCCUUUUCUGGCAGGAAAUGUGUGCCUAAAGCUACAAAGAGGUGUUGCUGUCCUAAACAAUGUUAAGUUCAGAAAUCAUACGAUCAAAAUGAAGCCACCAUUAUUCAGAUUAGGAGCCAGAGUUGUUGAUAAGAUCUUUGAUGGGGUUCAUGUAAAAGAAGCAGAGACAGAAUCUUUUACUGUCGAGGGUUACCGCAAGAAAUAUUACAGGAAGCACAAGACUCCAUCUCUGUCCGAUGAAGUAUCCCGACUGAUUAAUAUAGGCAGAGGUGGUGAGAUUGAGAAACGUCUCCAAGAAAAGAACAUAUACACCGUGGAGGAUUUCCUAAUUCAACUCCUGAUAAAUCCUGAAGGGCUCAAACGUAUUGUUAACGUAAGGGGAAAGAAGUGGGAUACCACAGUGAAAAAUGCUCGAGCAUGCCAAAAUAGCAAGAGGAUGUAUUGUUACAUCAAUCAUCAGCUGAACAUCGGCGUUGUUUUCAGUGUUCUUGGAGAGGUUUCAGGACUGUACUUGAAAACCCAGUAUGUUCCUACUACUUUGUUGUCUGACAACCACAAGCUUGAUGCUGAAGAGUUGUUAGCAUCUGCUUAUAAACACUGGCGAGAUGUAAUGUCCUUUGACGAUGAAAACUCUCUUCUGCAAUACUUCACUGGUUUAAGUACAUUUAUGGACCCUCUGAAUUCACUCAAGCCUCAUCGUCAUCAUGGUGGUUGUGAAAUGAUCAGAGGGUCCAGCAGUAGAUCGAACUUCUUGUUCCAGAGCAUAACCUCAGCAACGAACUCGACUAGAAAAACUGGUGCAGAAGAUUUCUGCUCCUUCAGUACUGAUGAUGUGGAGACUAUUUUUGAUGCUCCCGUGCAACUUAGUCCUCAGUUGCCUUUCUAUCCAGAAACCAUGUUAUCAGAUUUGGAUGAAUUCUUCCACCAAAACGACGAUUCCAACUGGCAGGUUAACAGCCCCGUAAAUGAGCCAAACCGUGCUGAACAAGUUGCUGAAACUGCUGUUGCAUUUGAUGAUACUCACAUCAGAAAUCCACCGAACAGGUGGAGAAAAUUGUUCUGUGUAUCAAGAUGGUUCUCAAUCAGAAAAAGCAUAUCUAUGGCAGGUAUCCAUAACCGUAAGAAGCAGAAACUUUAUUAACCACAGGACAACCCAUGUGCGUUGGAAGUCCAACAUCAUUGAUUUGGUGAUAUACUGAUUACAGGAACCGACAAAGUUGCUUGACAGAACUCGACAUUUAUGUGCGUUUCUCUUCUUUAUGUAUAUUUUGGACUUCCUCUGGUUCAUUUUCAAUUGUUGUAUAAGACUGCUGAUUCUUCAGUUUGAUAAAUCUCAUAUAAUAUUUUAUGCAAAUGUCUGUUUAUGUUAUGAACUAAUAUGUGAACUAUACCAAGACUCUACAGGACAACCGAGAUAGUCUGCAUUCGGUUCUUACGAGUUCUACAUAUUUAGUCUAUGCUGUUGCAGAUUUCCUUUCUUUCUUUUACAGCUACACACUGGAAGUUUAGAAUUAUCUUACACAUUAAAGUUCAUGUAUUCUGCUUACCAUUUUUUCAUAUGGAAUCUGGGCAUUAAUGCUGGAAGCUAUUCUUCUAAAUAUACAUUCUAUGGAUGGACGGAAUGAUACACCUAGCAAUUGUCGUUACUGUGUUGGGAUAAGAUAUUCUUGUUCUUCAUCAAGUGGAAGUUUAUCAAUAGCUCGUAUGCUAGUUGAACACAUAUGCUUCCUUUAAAAAUAGUUGAAUUUGAAUCUCUUGAUUGUUUCUGUCUCUUUUAGUCAUCAAACAGUGUGCAUGACCUUCGACCAAUCCUUGAAGCAUUAAUUCCCUCAAUCAUGUGCUCAGAAUUUAUCAUAUAGCCAGCAUCGAUGAAGCAUCCCAUGCCAUCAUUUUUCUUUACCUGUUCUCCAGUAAUCACCUGUUGUCUUUUCAUUUGAUGAUGGGGUGGCCAUGGCCCUUUCUUUUGUGGGCUAACACCCUAUGAAUCUAUGUGAAAUUCAGGCAGGAUCCUAGGUAUUUCUAGGAAACAUAACCAUUAGAUCAUCAUCGAGUAUAGAGCCUCAUGAACAAUUUAUUUUUAUGUAGUUCAAAGAUUACAGUGUUAUUUCCACCUUAUUAUCCGGUUAGAAGGGCCCACGUCCGAAAAUGUUGUUGCACUUUCCUCUGUUCACAGAAAGCUGGGAAUAACGAAAGAAUUGCAGUAUUAAAAAUGAACAGUUGAGUCGUUGACAGAAGCAAAAAACUGCUAUUAACAAAUAUUUUUUUAAUUGUUUCUUGUUUGACAUAAGGAACACAGACAAGUUAAAGUCCAACAAAGAUGUUGUGAAGUCAAUGCUGUCUUUCCUCGACAUCCCUUUUUCAGACUCUCUUCUUGCACCCACAUAGACCAUAGGAAAGAUGGUCUGCAAAAAAGUAGCGGAAUAUAUCUGUGUAUUCCUAGGCAUAGAUUUGAAUGCACUACUCAGAAAUGAACACCCUUCACAAUUUUUGCUACACCCUUUUCAAGAUUCUUGACAGAAAGUUCAAGAAUCUUGUCCUGAGGUGAGCUGGCUGAUAUACCUUACUAAGGUCCUAUACAAUGAUUAGCAAAAGUUGGAAUCUGCUGGGCUUUUGUCAGAUUGAGAUCAGAUUCAUGAACACCAGCAAAGAGCCGUAGCCUUCUUAGUUGGAAACUAUACGACAACAAACUCACCAUUGAAAAUGUUGUCCUUAAUGUAAUUCAGGAACAUAGAAGUCUUUGCUUUAUCCAUGCACAGCCGUGUUUCAUGAUGUGUUUUUUGCUGUAUUGCAGCUCUUAUUAGCAUCUAGUGUUUCCUUUUUCUACAUCUACGUUGAACUUAUAACUACUACUAUUUCUGUGAUUGAGUUAGUUUUUUCUUCUUCGAUCUAUGUAGAAAUAUCAACAUAGUAUAAUCCACGUCUUUGUAUUUCUGUCUCUCCGUGAAA